AUUGAUCUAAAUUUAAUUAGGUUAAAAACAAUAUAGAUCAAUGCAUUGACGACUAUUUUGAAAUAGUUUAGCACACACUUAGCAUUUCUUGAAUAUUUUCUGUCGUGUUGUUUCUUAAAGCUGUACAAUCCGCGCGCCGACUGUGGAGGCGUGGCUUUGGAGGGCGGUGUUGGAGGGAAGUUCAGUGAUUGGUUUGAAAUCUUACAGACUCUAAACCAAUGAGCGACUCGCAGGCUCUUUUAAAUACAGCAGAGCGGAGUUCAUUUUAUCACUGUCUGUAUUUCUAACGUAGAAAUAUCAUACUCUUAACGAUGAGCGGAAGAGGCAAAACUGGCGGCAAAGCAAGAGCGAAGGCCAAGACUCGCUCUUCCAGAGCAGGACUGCAGUUCCCCGUCGGUCGUGUUCACAGACUUCUCCGUAAAGGAAACUACGCAGAGCGCGUCGGUGCCGGAGCUCCCGUCUAUCUGGCGGCUGUGCUCGAGUAUCUGACCGCUGAGAUCCUGGAGUUGGCUGGAAACGCCGCGAGAGACAACAAGAAGACCCGCAUCAUCCCCCGUCACCUGCAGCUGGCGGUGCGCAACGACGAGGAGCUCAACAAACUCCUGGGUCGAGUGACCAUCGCUCAGGGCGGUGUGCUGCCCAACAUCCAGGCCGUGCUGCUGCCCAAGAAGACCGAGAAACCCGCCAAAGCCAAGUAGACACAUUCAACUCGGUUUCUCAAACAAAAAGGCUCUUUUAAGAGCCACCCAUUUCAUCUCCGAGAGAGCACUUUUCUAGUUGUACAAUUUGUUCGUAAAUGACAAGUGUAUGCAACCAAAAAAUAAAAAAAAGUCACACUUAUAACACUGUUACUAUGGCCAAAGCCAAGUAAACCGAGUCCGUUCCGUUUCUGAAACAGGCUCUUUUAAGAGCCACCCAUUUUGUCUCAUUGAGCGCGCGUUUACUUAUUU